AUGAAAGUCGAAGAGUGCGUGUCUUCUCUUUCAAUGGGAUAUUAUUUUUAAAAUCUUACUUAAUUGUAGUUUUAUUUAUUUUCUUUAUUUAAUACUAAAAGACGAACUUAACUACUUACCGAUAGAAUUGUGAUAGAGCAAAUUUAUGGAAUGAAAUAAUUUUACAGUGUCACCCCUACUGAAAGGGCCAGCCAGGUUGGCUUAUGAGACACCUACAUACAUUGGAAACCAUUAUUUAACUAGCUGGUGGCUCACCAACAGGUCUCUCUUCAGUAACAAGUCCCGCCUCUGACAGGGCUCGAACCUUCGACCUUCCGAUUGCGCAGCGUUUUUGGACAAGGCACAUCUCAUCAGACUUAUAAAAUGCGAUUUUGAGGUUAUAUAACCUCAUGAAGAACAAUUAGUACCAACUGCCAAUAGCCAGCCUGAACUAACCGAUUUCAAGGUGAGGAACACCUGCACUUUACCGGAUACCGAGUUCAGACUGCAUCGGCCUUUCAUUUGAUUUGUAAAUCAAAUAAUACAAAACAUGAAUGAACGAAAUGAAGACGAAAACACAAGAAGUCGGGAUCAAGCAGAGAUUAAAAAAGAGUCAAUAGGUAGAGGUGAGGAGUCACAAUGAGACUCAACAGGAGUCCAAAGGUAAAAGUAAAGAGGAACAGAAUCAUAGUGACAAUAAGACAGAGCAGGCAAUAGGUGAACAUCAAGUUGAACAUAAAGAAGACAUGGGCGAAAUUCAAGGGCAGAAUCAAGAAGAAAUUAAACAGGCAACACGUGAACAUCAAGUUGAACAUAAAGAACAUAAAGAAGACAAGAACGAAAUUCAAGAGCAGAGUCAAGAAGAAAUUAAACAUGUGUAUGAAGAGGAAAAGAAUCAUAGUCAAAAUGAGACAGAACAGGCAAAAGGGGAACAUCAAGUUGAACAUAAAGAAAACAUGAACGAAAUGCAGGAGCAGAAUCAAGAAGAAAUUAAACAGGCAAUACGUGAACAUCGAGUUGAACAUAAAGAACAUAAAGAAGACAAGAACGAAAUUCAAGAGCAGAGUCAAGAAGGAAUUAAACAUGAGUCUGAAGAGGAAAAGAAUCAGAGUCACAAUGAGACAGAACAGGCAAAAGGGGAACAUCAAGUUGAACAUAAAGAAAACAUGAACGAAAUGCAGGAGCAGAAUCAAGAAGAAAUUAAACAGGCAAUACGUGAACGUCGAGUUGAACAUAAAGAACAUAAAGAAGACAAGAACGAAAUUCAAGAGCAGAGUCAAGAAGAAAUUAAACAUGAGUCUGAAGAGGAAAAGAAUCAGAGUCACAAUGAGACAGAACAGGUAAAAGGUGAACAUCAAGUUGAACAUAAAGAAGACAUGAACGAAAUACAAGAGCGGAGUCAAGAAGAAAUUAAACAUGAGUCUGAAGUGGAAAAGAAUAAGAGUCACAAUGAAACAGAACAGGAGUCCGAAGGUAGAGUUGAAGAGGAAAAGAAUCAGGGUCACAAUGAGAUACAUCAGGGAGAUAAUGAUACGUAUCAUUCUUCCGACUUUGAAAGAAGUACUUAUGAAAACUGUCAGGAUGCAAGCUUUGAUUAUAGUGACUCAGAGGAAGACGCCACUGCAGGUGAUAUGAGCACUUCGGAAAGCAUACAAGGAUACGGUGAUGCCAAGCCUCAAAAGAAAGGGUCUAGGUGGAAGAAAAUGAAAGGAUUUUUAUCUAAACCUUUUAAAUCAUCGAAAACAAAACAUGACAUACCAAAUGUAGAUACACCGCUUUCUUCAAAACAAUGGUGCAAAUUGCAGAUAUUUCAAAGACCAAUGUGUUUAAUAUCAACAAAUGAGGAAGGAAACGUUUCAGUGGAAGAAAAUGCAUUGAACCAGAUUAAAAAAAUUGAUUGUCCAUUAGUUGUCGUUGCAAUAGCUGGAUUGUACCGGACGGGCAAGUCUUAUUUAAUGAACCGCCUAGCUGGAUCGAAUGCUGGUAUGUACAUGUAUGUUAUUCUCGUAAAUGAAAAUUACUUAGAUGACAUUCAACAUCGUGAUCCAUAGAACAUCUCAAGUAUACACAUAGAAC